AUGUUUGGAGAUCGUCAGCUGUCUGUCAUUAGUCCAGCCACCAGGGAUAAGGAAGUCUUCAAAUGGAUCCCCUGCAGGCCAGGGGAAAUCAAGGAUGAGAACUCAGAAAUUGUUGACGUUAUCAGUUGGGUAGUGUCUGAUGUCAAAGAAAUGUCCGAAAAUCCAGCACUGGUUGGGCUUCUCAAAGAAACGGACAGGAGCUCCUAUGAUGAUGUAUCGAAACUUUGUGAUGUGUACAAUAAAGCUAUCAUAGAUCUUUGGGACACGUGGAUUGAGGAAAAUACUGUUCCUGAAUUUUUCAACCGAAAAGCUUCCCGUGGUCAUGUUCAGUUCAUUCUUCUUCAGUGUUAUAAUCGAGCUGUAUCAGAUCCGGAUAAACUGAAUCAAUAUCCACCUUUUUCGCCUCAAGUGUAUGGGGAGACUUCCUUCGAACUUAUUUCACAGAUGAUCGACACGAUCGCAGUUACUAGUGACGACGUAUUUAUCGAUCUUGGGAGUGGUGUUGGUCAAGUUGUCCUUCAAGUAUGUGCCUCUACUGAUGCGAAAUUUUGCUACGGAAUUGAAAAGGCUGAAUAUCCCGCUAAUUGCGCAUCGCGUCUUGACUCAACUUUCCGUCACUGGAUGAGCUUUUACGGAAAGUCUUAUCGACCCUACACGUUGGAACGCGGAGAUUUUCUAUCAGCGGAGUACCAAGAGAAAAUAACAAAUGCUGGCGUCCUUUUUGCAAACAACUUUGCCUUUGGUCCAGAGGUGGAUCACCAGCUGAAGCAAAGGUUCGCUAACCUUAAAGAAGGUGCUCGGAUAAUCUCUUCAAAGGCUUUCUGUCCUUUAAAUUUCAGAAUCACUGAUAGGAAUCUCGGAGAUAUUGGAUCGAUCAUGCGUGUGAGCUGUUUAAACCCAAUCCAAGAUGCAGUUUCAUGGACUGACAAACCAUUUAGCUAUUAUGUUCAUACAAUUGAUCGUUCGCUGUUAGAACAAUAUUUUGCUCGUUUAAAAAAUCCGAAAUCUAAAAAUGAAAAUCGGACCGUUCGUCGCGAUCGUAAGGGUCGUGUAAUUUCUGAGGCAACUAUGCGAGAAGGUUCAAUCCAGUUAACAUUAAAUGCUAGCGAUAACAAUCAACAUAACACAAAUGGUAACGUCAGUCAUAAAGCUAAGAGGUCAUCAACUAUCAUAAAACAUCGUUCGAGUACUUCCCGGUGCUUACCAAAAAAGUCAGCAUCUCUACCUGAAGUAACAGCUAGUUCUCCUUCAGAGUUGAUCUCUGUUAAAGGAAGAAAGCUGAGUUUACAAAAUUAUUUAUCAAAGAAUGAAACUAUUAGUCGCCAAAUCACUAAUGGAUCCAUGGUUGUGCAUAGAAUAAAACAAUGUGAAUUACCACAUUUACAAUCAGAACUUAAGCGUUCUCAUGUUCAACAUAAAGACAAUCAGUCACCUCUUGAUAUUUUCACACUAUCGAAUGAUACUAGUAAUGCAGGUCUAGUUGAAUCUCAUGUUGAUACGCAACUAGCGUCAUUAACUUCAGGUGGACCAAUAGCCUGUGGUAAUAAUGAAGACGAGAAACAAUUUCGUAAAGUUAUUCGACAUUUGUUAGAUGAUCCUUGCGAAUCUCACUCAUUAUCAAAGUCAGAUAAUGUCAAACAGAGUGUACGUCGUAAAAGCAAAACAAUUGAAAAUGAUAACAAGUUAACAUUUAAUUAUCCAGUUAUUGAUGAUUACCUAAGUUUACAUUCAUCAUCAUGUCACGAUCAGCGCGAUAGUCGAAAUUCUUCGUCAUCACCGUAUGUUUCUUCAUUAUCGUCGGCUAAUCGAUCUCCGAAUUCUCAAAUCGAUGAAAUCACUUCUUUGAAUAGCUUGACAAAACGUUCUGAUCUGGGAUUAAAAUCAGUUCAAUCACCUGAUCUUUCUAUUUUCCCAGAAAAUAAACUAGAUAAGGAUGAACAUGAGGAUUCUUUUCAUAUACGUAUUAAAUUCAAAAUAUCUAAUUCACCAAGUGGUCAAAACCACCCAUUCAGUGUUAAAAUCAAACCUCCGUGUAAUGGUGAUAACACGUCCAAUAGACUAAGUAGUCCUGAAAACUCCAAUGAUAGAAGCGACACUAAUGUCAUAAAUAAGGACCAUCCUAAUAGCGUAGCUAAUCGUCGUAUACUUCGUAAAUGUCGACAAAUGUUAAGUGAUGAUUCGUCAUCAUUAAAUGUUACAAAUUUUAAAAAUUCAAACAAUCGAACAAUAGCCUUGCGAAAACGAAUGCAAAAUCAAUUCAUGGAUUCGGGGAACCAUAAUAAAUCCCCAUCAGUGCAUUCUAAUUCUUACAAAACGAAUAACAAUAAAUUAAAGUAUACACGUAGAUAUUCACGUGAUAAAUUAAGUCACAAUAUGAAUGUUUUACACGAUUACACUGUAACACAUGUGCAAUCCCAGCUAACACCAACUCAGUUUGGAUUGAAUGACAAAAGACUUCCUACAUACACAUGUCAUUACCAACCUGUGGAUGUGUAUACAGAAAGCAGUGCAACCCAACUGAGUGACUCAAACUUGUCUGAUCCUCAUACAGGAUAUAAUAAAGCACCGGUACCGUUCGCACUUACACAAUAUUUGGAAUUGACUAAACAAGCAUUUAUGGACCAUUUUGCCAUGCUACAUUCCCCCGCCUACGCAUCAGCAAUUCAAUCAGAACUUGAGCGCGAACACAAUCGACAAGCUGAGUUAUUAAAACACACAAAAUUUUUGGAACAGUCUAUCGCUAAGUUGCAUUCAGAUGGGACAGAUUUAUUAAAUCGGUUCACAAAACGCCUAGGUAUCCUAAUCACCACACCGGCUGCAUUUUUCUCUCAAGCUCGAAGGUUAAUCAAACAGCAUCAUGUUUUGGAAGAGAAGAUUGCUGAAUUUCGAAGGCAGAUAUCACUACUAUCAUCUGCCAAUCAAGAAUUAGUGAGACGUCACCAUAUUGAGGCUGCACGUCUUUUAGCCACUGCAACAGCGAUUAAAUCAGAUAAUUCAUUUCAAAAUCAACAUCCUACAUUGAAUAAGUUAUUCUGCUCUGAAAACGAUGUUAAAGUAACUGAAAUAAAUAAAAAUGGAUUUUAUUAUAAUUCUGACAAUAUGUUACCAUCUUCCACUUCUUCUGAAUCAAAUUAUCGAAAUGCUGUUUUGCUGAACUCAGUAGUGAUACCACCACCACCAUCGUUAACUAAAGUUUCUCAUAAUACACAAAACUGUGACAAAUUCGGAAUCCCUUCAAUUGCCACUUCAGAUAACUUAGUAUCCGCUCAUGAAAUGAAUCAACAGCAUUCACUGAAUCCUAUAAAAUCUUCAAAUGUCAAGCUUAGAACAUCAAUCGGUGCACCUUCAGUUUUGCGUAAUAAUACUGAAGUUCAUAAAUUUGCACCGGUAUUAAUAAAAACUGUGAAUACAGGUAACCAUUCUGCCGUUUCAGUUCACACUCCCAAUAAUAAGGCAGAUCGCGAUCAUAAAGUUAUUACUGAUAAUAGUAAUAAUCAUAACAACACUAAUAAUACCAUUAAUAACGGCACUAAUCAUAGAAUUGAUAAACACAUGAAUAUACCUCCUCCACCACCUUUACUCCCUAUGCACAUUCAUUCGGAUGUUUAUGUAGAUGGUGUAUUAUCAUCCGCUAAAUCUCCCAUCGAUUUCAACAAACAUAAGUAUUGUAAUAGUAAUAAUAAUCCUUCUUUACUCCCCGAACUGAAUCGUUCGUUUAUUACAUGUAGAACCGAUUAUGAUAUGUCACUUAUUCAAUCAAAUUAUCGUUCUCAUACCAAAUCAAUGCAUGCUUCUCUCCAAGAUUUAAUUCUUGAUGAGUUCUCUCGUGAAACACCAUGUAUUUCGGUGAGUAAUUGUCCUACUGUUACUAAAACUAAUAAAAACAGAAAUGUUUACAGUAUGUCAGAUUCUUCAUAUAGUUGUCAGUACGAGAGUAAUCCGGAUCCCCUUUUUCAACGUCACAACCACCACAAUCAUAAUCAUAAAAUUCUUCAUCCUAAUUACAUAGAUUACAGUCACCAAUUGAAUUUACCACCACGUAAACGACACUGGGAUUCAUCUAACUACAAUUCUACAACUACUAGUAAUUAUGGUGAAGAGUGCGAACCCCCCAAAUUGUCUCGUGAGUGUAAGAGUACAGACAUGGAGACCUAG